AUGGCAACGGGCGCUGGAGCGAUGCUGGCACCUGCGGGGCUCGUCCUGCUCUUGGUGGCAGUGGGUGGCCGUUGUGAGGACGCGGCAGCAGCCAACGUUGGCCGUCACACCAUGGCCCGCAUCGCCGCGCUGCUGUCCCCAUCUGAGUGCCGCCAGCUCCAGGGGCAGCUGAUGGGACCCAGCAAGGACACGGAGCAGAACCCAAAGGACGGCAUUCGUCCCCGCGUCCCACGCCACCGCCCCGGCUGCUCGGAGGCUCUACGGAGGUGGCUGGAAAUGGAGGGAGAGGUGACAUCGUGGGACCAACUGGCCCGCAGCCUCCGCCAGAUCGGGCGCCCCGACAUCGCCCGGGAGUUGGGGAAAAACCUGAACCAGGACCGGAGCCUGGAGCUGCGCAGGAACGUGGAGGAGUACGGCCGCAGCGUGCAGCAUCUCACCUCCUCACUGCUGCUGCAGGGCGAGCAGUAUGGAGCGGCACGGAGCAGGAGGGGCUCGGGGGAUGCGGGGGAUCUGCGCUUCGAGAGGCGGCCGCCCCCUCCCUACACCCGCAGCCCCCUGGGCUGGGUGGGCCCCGUGCUCUCAGGUGUCCUCGGGGGGUUCGUCGCCUCCGUCCUCGUUGCUGUGGUCACUGUGCUCUCCUGUCACUGGGCACUGGGCUCGGUCACCUCGUGA